UGAUGGGUUUAAGAUUUUCAGCUCAUCCACAUGGGGCUGAGAACCCACUUGACUUAGAAUGAGAGUUUGGCAAGAGCCAAGGCUGCACAGCUCAGGGAUUUGUUGUUGUUGUUGUACACAGCACUGACCUACAGACUCAGAGACACGUUUUAUGUGGUUUAAGAUUAGAUUUAGAUUUACAUUUAAUGUUUUUCUCAGUGGCAUGAGUGGCACUUUGAGCGGCAAGUUUUCAGAAGAACUGGAGAUGAGGGAGAUGGUGUGGGUUUAUGGAGUGAUUAUCCUCUUCAUCGCAUCUGAAGCAUGGAGUCUGGACUCAGGAACUAAUCAAACCACCUGUGAGAACUUUAACACUACUACUCUCUCCACUCUCCCUAGGAAUAUCGAUUAUGUGUCCAAAGAUGUAAUUUUCAACAUUGGGACUGAUGUCAACCUGACAUGCAGCAAUAAGACAUGGGAUGAGAUGAUGUUUACCAUCUGGAAAAUAAAGUUGACUAGUGGAUGCUGCGAGAUCGGCUUCAACACUCCUGGCCAAAGUGAUAACACGUGCCAAAAAGGCAAGGCUCUCUACAACACAAGCAUGGGUGAAUCAUACCUGUUCAUCCCAAGCAUCUCAAACAGCGAUGAGGGGGUCUACCGUUGUGAGUCGGUUUACAUAGGAGGACUAAACGCUGUGAAAUUUAACGUCUCUGUCAGAGUUCCUCCGAAGCUGUCAGCCUGGCUGGAGUGGCAGGGCAACAGGAGAGUGGCUGUGUGCUCAGCUGAAGGAGGGAAACCUAAAGCCUCCAUUGUCUGGAUGAACAUAGGGAACUCCUCAGCUGUGCCUGUAGAGGAGACCAAAAAAGACCCAGAUGGAUUUUACUCAGUGACAAGCCGUCUGGUUCUGCCAGAGGGCAUGGAUACAGGCAACCUGACCUGUGCUGUUAGCCACAGUUCGUGGGCAGUGGGGAGGACUGUGACUCCACAACCCAGAGCAGUGACUCAUUUUUCCUGGGUGCCACUUCUAAUUCCUGUGAUCAUCGUUGUGUUUCUGCUUGGAUUUGUAUACUUUACACGAAAGAACCUAAUGUUAAUAAGGCACUGUUGCCAAUCCAACACCCCACCAUCUGAGUCCAAAUCUCCACCGACAGAGGAUGUGGAGGAGGUGGAGCCGUACGCCAGCUACACACAACGUGUCAACUCUCUCUACAAUUCAUCUGCUGAUCUUUUCACAUGAUAACCGUGUUCAUGCCAUACACACCCUCACAUGUGCACACAUUCACACCUAGAUGCACAUGCCUCUUUAUGAGAAACUGAAGGCUGGUGAAACUGAGAAACAGUGCAAUAGUAAAGAAGGAGGAGAGGGUGGUGGCAAGAUGAAAGACUUCCGAUAAGCAAGGGAAGCCUCUCAGCCUAUUUUUGUCCUAAUAGCUUUUGACUGAUGGAACAGGGGAUCUACCUAAUGUCACAAACUAGCUCACCUGUGCACACAUGCCGUGUUCCACAGUCCUCCCUUGAGUGCUGGUGAAACCACAUGUGUGCCUCAUGAAUAAUUAAUGUUAACAAUAACUGCAAACAGUGAACUGCUGUACAUGAAGGAGCGUUUUUCUCAACCGGAUGCAGCAUGACUCGCAAAACUACCGAAUUGCAGACUUCAGAUUUUGGUGAUGAAAUAUAUGAGUCGUCACAUAUAUCUAUUCCUACCUA